ACGAAUUUUGAGAUAUUUUUAGAAGUGUAGCUUCUGUAAUUGAUAAUUUAAAAAAUUUUACGAUAUCGAGAAUUAUUUUUGAAAAGAAGAACGAAAAAAUAUACAUAACGAAAAGAUAUUGACAAUUUGUAAAUUCAUAUCUACCUUCGAACGAACGAUGGAGGAUCAAUGAAAGUUUAUAUUUUAAAGAGAUUGAAAGUUCUAGAGCAACAGAGAUUUUUUAAAUAGAAAAUACGAAUCAUUUUAAAUAAUUUAUUUCAAAAUCGAAAUAGGAUUUAAUUAGAUGAUAAUGAAUCAAUCAAUAAAAUAAAAUAUCGAGAAUAAAAAAACUGAGAAUAUUUUAUACACAGAAGUAUCAAUGAAAACGCAUCGGCGCUAUCGUUUCUGGACACUUCGUAAAUGUUCGGCUUAGAGAUCGGGCGAUCAAUAAAAGUUCAGGUUGGAGCCGGCAACUGACAGUUUUAGUCGAACAAGCAAGGAACAUAUAGACAAAUUUUAAGAGAACUCCAAGUGAAUAUAACAAGGCGAUAAUAGAAAAAAAAAAAAAGAUAGAAGAAGAGAAAGAAUAAGAAAAAGAAAAGAAAUCAUUCUUUAUUUGACGAAGAAGAAAUAAGAAGAAAUAUUUAAACAAAAUGUCUCUGUUUCCACUUAUUUUUUCCGAUUGGUGGGAGGAUUUGGAACAACCACAUCGUCUGAUGGAUCAAAAUUUUGGCUUAGAAUUGAAUCCUGAACAACUUUUAACUAUUUCACAUAGAAUGGACAUCCUAAGACAAAUGGAAAGAUUCCCAAUUAGUUAUUAUCGUCCAUGGAUCGAAUUAGUUCGUCAGAAAGACAAUGGUUUUUCGACUGUUAACGCUGAUAAGGAUAAAUUCCAGAUUGUCCUAGAUGUUCAGCAGUUUCAACCGAACGAGGUUGACGUUAAAGUUGUUGAUAAAUUUGUAGUUGUUACGGCUAAACACCAAGAGAAACGUGAUGAACAUGGAUGGAUCUCAAGACAAUUUAUUCGUAAAUAUAUAAUUCCUGAACAGUGUGAUAUCGAUCAAGUUACAUCGAAAUUAUCUUCCAAUGGUAUCCUGAAGAUUAUUGCACCGAGAAAGGAAGUACCAAAGAUUGAGAACGAAAGAACGAUUAAGAUCGAACAUACUGGAAGACCUGCGAUCCAAACUAUUUUUUAGAAACAACAAUAAUAACAACGGCAAUAGCAAAACAACGAAGAAGAAAAGAAAUAAAACGGAAAACGCUUCUUCUUUAACAAAAAAAAAAAAAGAAAAGAAAGAGAGAAAAUCGAACAAAUCUUCAAGUUUUAUUCCUAUUUUUAUAAUUAUACUUUUUUUUCGCAUUAAAUUCCUCAUUAUCGUUAGAAUUAAAAGAAUAUUUUUUUCUUGAACUGCUAUUUUUAAAUGUUAUUAUGAUCGUGAAGAAACAUAUUAAAUAUUAUAGUUUCUUCAUUCAUGAGAACAAUACUAGUAACCAUUAAUCAAAUAUUCAUCUAUGUAUAACUGAGAACAACGAACAAAUAUGUGUGUUUUCAUUAUAUUCUUUUUCGUACUUGUAGAUAUAUGUUUUUUUCUUUGUAUAAUUUAACAAAUACACACAUAUUACUGCCUAAUUCGAAAUAUCAUCACACUUGGUUUUAUAAUGAUUUUCACCAACAAUGAAAACAGAUCUAAUUCUUGAUCAAUUUUGAUGAGCAAAAUCUCAUUUUAAAAACGAAGGUUUAAUCUAGGAUUUCUUCCGCUUUUUCGAAUUUUUGAAAAAUCUAUUUUCUUUGAAAAAAAUCAUGUUAAAAAAUGGUAUUUUUUUAAGAAUAGUUUAUGCACAAAUAACAAGUUUUUUCAAGAACUCGGGAAAGCAAGAUCCUAGAUUAAAUCUCCGUUUUUUAAAUGAGACCUUGUUCAUCAAGAUUGAUAAAAAAUUACGUCUGUUCUCAUUAUUGGUGCAAAUACUAUUUUCAACAUUUUUCCCAAAGAAAGAGUUUUGUACUGUGGCGCUCCUCGAAAUUUGCGACAAGAGAAGAAACUUGUACGCACAGCACUGAUUUUCAUAUCACGCUUGAAUGAUGUAUAUUCGUUUCGUGAAGCAGCAAUUGCCUGUUUGUUUAUGUGCGUAAAUAGCUAAUGUUCAGAUUUUCUGACUAUUCCAAACGCAAAGAAAGUGUUUCACAAUGCUCGCACGAGAAGCUAUGGUAACUUACUCGAUCACUUUAAUGAGCUUUGAACAGAUAAUUCUAUGACAAAAAUAAGAAAAUACGUAUCCAAUAAACGGCUUAAUGGAUCUAAAUUUCUAAAAUAUUGUUAAAUCUUUGAAAAAUUUAUAUUUCCCUUUAUAUUUUAUAAACUAGAAACGUAA